CUUCUGCGAUUGUUUCUCUCUGUGUCAUAAUAAUACAGUCUUCCUUGAGAAAUAGAGCUCGAAGCUUCCAGGAAAAGUAAUGGCAAGUGAAGAUGAUUCGAUCGAACAAAGAUCUGCUGCCCGUAAAGAGGCGCUUAGAGCUCUAAAGGCAGCUCAGGAGCUGUCCGAGAGCAAGGAAGACGGACAAGAUGAUGCAGUCGAAGAAGAUGGUCCAGCCAUGAAAUUUAGAAAUUAUGUUCCCCAAGAUAAAGAGCUUCAGGAUGGUAAAGUUGCGCCACCAGAGCUUCCCAAAUUCGAAGAUCCAAUUGCUGCACUUGCACCUGCAGUGGAGAAGAAAGAGGACCCAUUUGUCAACAUUGCUCCGAAGAAGCCAAACUGGGACCUCCGAAGAGAUGUCCAGAAGAAGCUUGAUAAGCUCGAAAGGCGGACUCAAGCUGCAAUGUCUAAACUCACGCAGGAGAAACGUGAGAUGGCCGAAGCUGAUGGAGACGCCUUGGAAAGUUAAAACAUGAUGACAUCUUAAAAGCCACACAACAUCACAUUAUAUUCUACUCAAUUUUGUAUAACUCACUGUUGAAGCUUUCUGUUCAAAAGAGAGUAGACCAUUAGGGCUCCGUUUGUUUCAAUCCUACUGCCAUUUGGCAUAAACAAGGUAGGAUACUGAGAUCAUAUUUCGUGGUAGAACUUGGUUCGGUCUGAUAUUGUCUCAGAUUUGGUCUAAUUUGGUUUGGAAGAAAUCAUACCAAAGUCAAUUCGGUUUGACCAUAA